AUGAAGACAAAGUCCUACAUGGUUCUCAGGGCAGGAUGCACUCUUGUCAUCUUUGCUGUCGUUCUUGCAAGCAUAGCCUACAUGUGCUUCUUCAUCCUCAACAACAGGAUACUGUCCAUAGAAAGAUCGCUGGCCGUUGGUAGAAAACUGACGCUGCACAGCUUUUCAAUAUCACUCGUCUAUCUGAACGUCUUUGCAGCCAUGUUUAAUGCAUAUGCGUUUAACCUCGCCUCAAAAUGGCUAAUGUGGGCCUCAAUGUGGUUUGCAAUUGCCGUCAAUUCUGUCGGGCUAUUUGCAAUCUUGCACAUGAGAUAUACCGGGUCGAGCCAGACGAAGUUUCUGCUGGAGUCAACCCUCUUCUCGACACAGGGGUUGAUAUUUACUCUGCAGGAUGCCUUUGGCAACACAGAAGCACUAGCAAAUAAAGAAAUGUUUCUGAGAUGCUAUGAAAAAAUUCUGUCCUGGUUCAUCAAGUUUGAGUGUUUCUGCAUAGUCGGGUUGAGUAUUGUGGCAUUUGGAGCAGCAGUGCGGCAGUUCAUGAAAGUCCACGUCGAGGAGGAAAGCCCGCCUGUAAUUAUGACAGCAACAGUGGCAGAGCCCGUAUCUCUUCGGAGCAACUCAAAUAUGAUUAGAGUGAGGUAA